GACACAACCAUUCGGCAGUAGCUGAACUCACUUCAAACCGGCAAUAUCGGAAGUGUAAAGUGACUUGUUAGUGUAAUUAUUUUGUAACAAAAAACUGCACCAAAUUCAUCAUGACCGGCCCACCGCCGCCAAUCGGUUUCAUCCACGACUAUCUCCGAUCUGAUCAGCCAACGGGCUACGAACUGUCGUAUGGGUUUCCCAUGCCACCACCACCGACAGCACAAUCUCAACCGGAUGACAGUGAUUCAGAUAAAACACCAACAGCGCUGUCAUCAACAUCAAGUUCGUCCGGAGAUGAUUACGAGCUAGAUCGUUCAAGUGCGACCGUAGAGAAAAAUCCUUUUUUUGGCGGCUUAGUCGGAGGUUGUUGGCAACACUGCACCAUCGAUGGACCAUUCCCGACGAACAUGGUUCGGGCGGGUAUUGAUGCCGACGGUGCAGUUAUCUUUGCAGGACGUGCCUUCCACGAGGGUGAGAUGAUCCCAGCUAAGGUGAUUCCGUCGAAAAAUGUUGCCUUCAUCUGCUACGGUGGCGAGGAGAUUCUAAAGGAAGACUUCGAAGUGCUUCGAUCGGGCGAUUUUGUGUGGGAGUUCGCUUCCAACGGGGUGGUACCGGAGAAUGCAGUUAAAAUUGGCGCUACCGUGGACGGUGAGCCGCUCUAUAUGGGACGGGCACUGCAUUGUGGUACCCAGACGCCAGGAAAGGUUCACUCCUCACACGGGUGCCUCUAUAUCCCGUUCGAUGGAGCCGAGGUCAGCACGGCUGAGUACGAGGUUCUCUGUCUCAAGUAAGGAACUGUUCGAAGCUAGUAAACCUGGUUGGCUAUGAGGAACAACGGCUUGGUUUUUGAAUGAAUUAAUUUAUGGGUAUGAGAUUAUAUAAAGUAUGCGUGUUAUUCUCUUUCAAAGAGAAAGAAAUAAUUACAAUUCCUCCAUGUGCAUAAAAGCUGCUAUAAAUAAAUUACAAAAUAUUUCAACCUGUCCGUAAAUCUGUACUUUUUUGA